AUGAUUGCGACAUGGGGGGAGCUCCGUACACGAGACGAACUAAAGCACGUUUUCUUUAUCCCUUGCGAUUCGCAUGGGCUUCAGCUUCUGAUGCAAGAUCUCCUCAGUCUGCCAACGAUAGUGUCUGUAUUCAAGCGGGCUGCAAGCAUUGUGAGCUACUUCAAUACCGCUCAUUUACAGCUUGCCAAACUUCGAGCCUUGCAGCAAAGGUUCUAUAAAAAGGAACUCUCUCUCUUGGCAGUGGUGAGUACUCGGUGGGGUACUCAGUAUCGGAUGUUGAUGUCUGUGAAAAGAUCCGAGCAGGCUCUUCGCGCAUAUUUCACAACACAUACGGACCUUGGCGAGGCUGGAAGAGAGUUGGCAACUGUGGCUAAUUACCAUAAGUUCUGGGGCCAGUUGAAUGAGCUUCUGGUUCUGAUCGAGCCUUUGGAUGAGGCGAUCCGGAUGUCGGAAUCGGGCGGUGCAAAUCUGAUGAAAGUAGUCUGCCGGUGGAUGUCCUUGCGAGCUCAUAUUCAGCAAUGUCAGGAAGGGAGCUCGCUCGGCAAGGACCUGGCUGAGUUCAUUCCACAUGAUCUGACUCCGCGGAUUGACCGUCAACUGACCGACCUUCACUGGGCUGCGUUUUAUCUGGACCCGAAAAAUCACAGCUCCAAGACCCCUAUUACGAAGCGGGACCAGGUAAUCAGGACGAUUCAAAAAUACUGUGUUAGUCCGGAUAACAUUGAUGCAUCUGCGGAAGCUAUUGAUGAGUUCUUUACUUUUCGAGGUCGUCAAGGGUCAUUCUUCAAAAGUGUUUGCUGGGAUUUCAUCGAUAACCCUAUUCGUUUCUGGAGAAUGCAGGUAAGCACACCUUAG